AAUGAUGACAAAAUGGCCAUAAAAUCUGCAACUUACACAACCGGUUGUCAGUAUAAAACCCCCCUUUGCAGCAGACGAGCAGUCUGACUGUUGAUUGUCGCUAAAGAGAAAAGUUCAGUUCAAGUCAUCGAUGAUGGGAGAACACCAGGGUUCCCUUGUGCUGGCCAUCCUGUCGUCCAUCCUCCUCUUUGUCAUCACGCUGGUGUUCAAUGGUCUGGCGGGACCUGGAAUAUAUCCAUUUCUGGGGACAACGGCCAACAUAUCAGGGGAGUAUGAGACGGAGAUCACGCCUGCAGGCUGGACCUUCGCCAUCUGGUCUCUUAUAUACGUGUGGCUGGUCCUCAUGUUCGUCUACAUCCUCUCCGGCUGCUGCAGGAAAAACUCCUACGGCUAUGUGUACUGCAGUCCUCCUGUCCUUUCACAUGGCUUUUUCAUGGCAUGGUGCAUGAACAUGGGCUUGAACACUGCAUGGUUGUUUCUGUGGGAUAGAAGCUUGAUGAUCGUUGCCGCUGUGUUCCUUCUCCUGAUUGCCGGCUCAAACUACAUCAUGAUCUCCUUCGCCUGCCGCGGUCUCCAUGUUCACGGCGCGUGGCUCAGCAAAUAUCACAGAGUCGAUCUUUGGCUGCACCGUGUGUGUGUUCAGAAUGGUCUGGCCUUGUACGCUACAUGGACAACGGUCGCCACUCUUGUUAAUCUGACCAUUGUGCUCGACUACGAUGCAGAGAUGCUUCCAGAGAACGCUGCCACAGUCACUCUAUCCGUGCUUACGUGUAUUUUGCUGGCCUGGUGUGUUUUAGAGAACUGGGUCCUGGAGAGGCAUGUGCGCUACAUCGUGACAGUGUAUCCAGUGGUGAUCUGGGCCCUCUGUGGGGCCGUGUCCAGCCACUUCGACCCCAGCGCACCCAGCCAGAGUGGCCUCUUCCUAGUGGCGCUCCUGGCCCUGUCCUGCGCGCUGUGUGCUGUGAAGCUUGGCCUGGCGGUCUGGAGGCACGUCAAGCGGCCCCUGUAUCAAGACGUGAAGGCAGAGGACAUGGAGCCCAUGGAAAUUGCUCAAAGACAGAAAAAGAUUUUUAAAUGAACAUUGUUGCACUUAACCCAGAAGAUUAGACACAACAUCCGAAUUAAUGAUAUAUUUUGCAUACUUUUGUAUUUAUAAUGACUUUUGCGUAUUUUGUGUCAGUUGUGUGUUUGUCUCAAAGCCCAAUUUUGUGUCAUUUGUAUGUUUAACGAAGUUGAAAAAAAACGAAUAUGUGCUUUGGUACAUUCUGUUGAACAAAUAAUAUAAAUAAUGUUGUAAAUGUUGUUGAAUGAUUUUCUUUUUGUAAUGUGAAAAUAAAACAAUACAAUAUUA